GAAGUUCUUCGAAUACGUUAUUUUUCAGGAACUAAAAGAUCAAAUGGCAUCAAGGAUGUUCAACGCAGGAGUGACCGAGGGACAAUCAACCACGAGGCCACCUUUGUUUGAUGGAACAAACUACUCGUAUUGGAAGGAGAGGAUGAGAAUCUUUAUCCAACCCAACGACUACAAGCUGUGGUUGAUUGUGAAGAACGGCUGCGGAGUUCUGAUGAAGAAAGUCGGUGAAGUUAACGUUCCCAAAACCGAAGAGGAGUUCACCGACGAAGACUGCAAAAAGAUGGAGCUCAACGCAAAGGCAAUAAACAUGAUUUAUUGCGGUGUUAACGCAGAUGACUACCGCAAAAUCUCGCGGUGUGAGACCGCAAAACAAAUGUGGGAAAAAUUGGAGGUCACCUACGAAGGAACCGCGCAGGUUCGGGAGGCCAAAAUCGACCAUCUUUCUCACGAGUACGAACUCUUCUCAAUGAAGGAAAACGAGAAGAUUGAGGAAAUGUAUGAGAGGUUCUCUAACAUCAUUAAUCCUCUCAAUCUUCUCGGGAAGACCUACACCGACCGAGAGCUCGUGAGAAAGGUGCUGCGAAGCCUAUCCCCCAAAUGGCAUUCAAAGGUGGACGCAAUCGAAGAAGGUCGUGACUUCCAAACAACGACCUAUGAUGCUCUUCAAGGUAAUCUUAUUACCUACGAAACCACCCAACUCUCAAAGGUGAUUGAAGAGAAGAACAAGAGGUCUAUUGCUCUACCCGCAACAACAUCAACUCACGACAACGUUGAUGAUGAAGAUGAUGACAGCGACGACACCGAUCUCAGACUCUUUGUUCGAAAAUUCAAGAAGAUGAUGCUCAGUAAGGGAGCCAAGAAGAACACUCCACCCAAGUGCUAUGGGUGUAGUGAAAUUGGACACAUCAAACCAAUGUGCCCAAAGCUCAAGAACGUGAAGGACAAGAGGGCACCGAAAAAGCAACGUGCCUACAUUUCUUGGGAGAACGACGGCUCCGGGAGUGAAGACUCGGAAACGGAGGAAGUGGCCAACUUAUGUCUCAUGGCCAUUGAAGAUGGUGAUUCAUCAAAAGAGGUAAGUGAUCAAGAACCUUCUCCCAAUGAUCCUUUAACUCUUAAUGAUGUUGUUUGCAUUGUAGAAGAUUUAGUAGGAAUGUUCAAAAAGGCUUCCAAAGAAAACAAUGAAAUAAAGCAAAAAUCCCGAUUUUUGAGAAUGAUAUCAAAGAACUCAAAAAUAUAAAUGAUAAACUUAAACAAGAAAUUAUCUCUUUUGGAAAAAGGCCACAAGAACCUUCAUCUACUUCAUCUACUACAUGCUCUAGUUGUACAUCACUGAAAGCUAAGGUUGCUAGUUUAGAGAGCAAAUUGGGAAAGUUUAAUAAUGCUUCAAACACCUU